UGCUCACGUAACAGUUCCAAGAAUUUAUCAAUCUCAUGGUCACAUCCCUAUCUUUGUCUCCAGUAGGUAUCGCCUCCUUUACCCAAAAUGAUUUUCAGAUUGUUUCUGCUUUUAAAGUAGUUCUGUAUGUAAUUGUCUGUAUAAAGAGCAUUAGACAGCGCAAUUGCUUUUAAAUUACCCUGUUUUUCUCCCUUUUUCUCAUUUAGAUGGCCUAAUUUGUUAGUUUAAGGAAAAAAAAAGGGGAAAUGGUAUGUAGGAAAUGAAAAGGACACUUGACUUUCUGGAGAGGACUAGGUUUUAAAGAAAGUCUGGAACAGCACUAAGAAUGAUAAUCAGAAAACCUGAGCAGCAGAUGAUAAAAAUGGGAAAAGGAAAUGGUAAUUCUCACAGAAGCCAUGUUUUUAUAUUGGAGAAAGCAGAAAUUUUCCCUGUGCAAAUCCCCCUAAUUAAAAUGUAAGCAUUUGGAUCACAAGGUAAAGAAAGACUUAACAGGAGUAAGCAAGAAAGCUGGGGAGGAGAAAAGGGAUGAUGGCCAGACGAACUGAUUGCUGGUUGGAAGACAUCGUUAGAAUGUCCCUGCCUAAGUAACUUGUCUCUCUGUGAAAUUUCUUGGCAGGCUCUCUCCACUCUGAGGCUGUAUUUAUCCUUGUAAAUUAAACAUAUCUGGAAAUCUUCUUGGCCACAAAGAGCAACUGGCAUGAAAUGGCCCACAUCUAUGCUAGUAAAUUCUCUUAUCCUCCAAAACAAGGCCGCAGGACAGAACCUCUGCUUGAGGAAUGACCUUAGAAGGAGUCCUCGCCUGGGGCCAGGAAGGUGCCUAGGGGAGCGGUGGUUGUCCCAGGCCGAAUGCAUGCCAGGGACUGUUGUCACAGUAACUACACAGACAGCUACACUUCAUUGGAUUUGCUGCCAUCAGCACUGCUUUGGACUCCUACACUAGUUUUGAGUCCCAUAAAGGGCUGAAUAUGACAAAAGAGGUUUCCUGCUCUGCCUCCCUCAAAAUGACUGGGUCUGGAUCUCUCGUAAAUAACAAGACUAUCUCAAAAGCAAAAGUAGCAUAGAGACAAGCAGGACUGGUUUUUGUUCAGAUGAAAUAAGUGGAGGAAUUACCAAGAAUACAAACCGGUUGGUAAGAUAGGAGAGGGAACAUUUUCUGAUGUUCUGAAGACACUGAGUCUUAGAGAUGGAAAGUACUAUGCAUGUAAACACAUGAAACAACACUUUGAAAGUAUUGAACAAGUGAAUAAUCUGAGCGAAAUACAAGCACUGAGGAGGUUGAGUCCACAUCCUAAUAUCCUUAUGUUACAUGAAGUUGUUUUUGAUAAAAGAGCCGGCUCCCUUUCACUGAUCUGUGAACUUAUGGACAUGAAUAUUUAUGAGCUGAUAAAAGGAAGGAGAAAGCCAUUACCUGAAAAAAAAAUAAAGAACUACAUGUAUCAGUUAUGCAAAUCUCUUGAUCACAUACAUAGAAAUGGGAUAUUUCACAGAGAUGUGAAACCAGAAAACAUAUUAAUAAAGCAGAAUACGCUGAAGCUAGGAGAUUUUGGAUCUUGUAGGAGUAUAUAUUCUAAGCAGCCAUACACAGAAUAUAUCUCCACACGCUGGUACCGAGCACCUGAAUGCUUGCUUACAGAUGGCUACUAUAGUUACAAAAUUGAUAUGUGGAGCGCUGGCUGUGUUUUCUAUGAAAUCACAAGUUUUCAGCCUCUCUUUCCUGGAUCUAACGAACUGGACCAAAUUUCAAAAAUCCAUGAUGUUAUAGGCACUCCUGCCAAGAAAACUCUCAACAAGUUCAAGCAGUCAACAAUUAUGAAUUUUGAUUUUCCCUUUAAAAAAGGAAAAGGAAUACCUCCUCUUGUACACAAUUUGUCUCCUAAAGGCUUCUCUCUCCUGUAUGCAAUGAUUAAAUAUGAUCCUGAUGAGAGAAUUGCUGCCCAUCAAGCAUUACGGCAUCCGUAUUUUCAAGAAUUCUGGGCAGCUGAUGCACAAGCUUUGGCCACUCGCAGAGUAAGAUUACUAGAAAAUACAGCAGGGCAAGUACCUCUGCAUUUGUGGCAAAUUUCAAAGGAAAGCCAAAAACAGGAUUCUCUUAGAAAAUCCCAGGAAAAAACAAAACAACAUCGACCCCCUUGUGGAGAAUUACCAAUAUUAAAUCUUCCUGGAGUAGCCAAACUGACUUCCUGUCCUACACCUACAUUGCGUUCAGUUCUUCCUACAGCUAAGGAAAGUGGGGAAACCCCUGUGUCACAGUCUGUUAGAUUUAUGGGAUCAAAUAUCGAGCCUGAGAAACAGAAGGCACUUAAGUCUUCCCUGAAACAUUUCCACUUACCUGCUAUAGAACGAAGAGGAGGAGGUUACUGACCACCUUGUAAAGAUUUUGGAGGGUGAGGAAAAGCACGGCUAUGCAGUGAGUGAAACAGCCUCGAUCAUGCUGUCAUUGUUAGAGAUCUAACAAAAACAACAGUGCAUUAUUUUGUGUUUCUGACAAUUUGUCAGAAAACCCCACAAGGUUAUAACAGGCUGCUUACCAAGCAUUUUUGUGUUCUGUUUCUGAAGACUAUCAAUAUUUAAUUAAAGCAUUGUUCUGGCUGAGCUUAGAGAGCACUCUGUAUUGAACUUCCUAAAUAUUUUUUCCUUUUAGAACCUGAUGGAGGAAGGGGUUGGUUAAAAAUAACAUGAAAGGAUUUGUUGAGCUUCAAUAUAAAAAUGCAAAGUUGCCUAAAAAAUACAGGUUUUCAUAUUAUUGAAUAAAUGGCAGCUAACUUGACCGAUCAUUUUGUAUAUUUUUUAGAUUUUUUUUCCCAGUGAUUUCUGCAUUUACCUCCUGUAUUUAAUAACUUCAAAGCUUUAUUGAAAACUUGCAGAUGGUACAAUCAUAUGAGAUACUUAAUUUUGAUACAGUUAAUGUAACUGUUAAAUAUUUUUAGAUAACUAUUUACUAGCUAAAAGAUAAAGCAACUUUUUGUCUGAUUCAAAAACAAAUCAACUUUGGCCAGUUUUCUUCAAGCAGUGCUCUUAAACAGAAGUUUAAACAGUGACUGAAAGUGCAGCUAGUUGCUUGUAAGAGCAAUACGUGAAUGCAUUUCAUCAUGUUUUAGAAAUUUUACAGUUCCUCAGGAACAUUUUACUAUAACGUUAUUGUUCUCUAGCUCUAUACAAAGCAAAUGCUUAAAAAGUAUUUUUAUCAUACUUGGAAAGCAUUUAUUAGAAUUUGAUACCAUUGAUUUUAAAACUCCUGAGAUCUCCUUAACAAAAAUGCAGCCAUUAACUUGAUGUUUUACAAACCAGUUUUCUUAUUUAAAA